UAAUGUGAAAGACAUAUUUCUUUUAUUUUAUGUUCACUAACAAUAGCCACAAUCAUCUCGAAAAAAGCAACUUUAAAAUGGCUUUAGCCUUUCAGAGAGAACAACUUGGCGUACAGUUAAAAGGAGAUACUGUCAGUGUUCCCGACGAUCCUAAAGCUAAACUGAUGUAUUAUCUCAAUUGCAUUUCUACGGUGCUAGAGUUGGAUGACAUGCCUAGUGAACUGACAGAUUUUGCGUAUUACUACAGACUUACUGAAGUCCAGACAGAUGUCCUUCUUGAACUCUGUUUACUUCUUAAGCCGGACCUUUUGGACGACAAGUGCAUUUUUGAGAGAAGUGAUUUACCAAAUGGGGCUUACAAUAAAUUUUUAGAGUUAUCUUCGAUUAAAACUACGAUGGUUGCGACGUCUAAUGUCAUGAUGGGUGGACGAAAUGUUCGUGUCCUAAAAAUCAUGUUGUACAAACCAAUAUGGCGUCGAAUCAACUUUGACGAACCAAUGGCUGCAAUGGCUCGAAGACUAGGCUCGCGCAAAGGCUCGCGCAAAGCCAUUACGUCUGGCCGUAGACAAAAAAGUGGAGGGUGUAUCAUAUCAUAAUAACCAUAAGCCACAGCGUUUCUUAUAUAUACAUAUGUGUCAUGUAGCCUAAUGUAAUAAAUAAUUAAAGGCAUUUGAACCUUAAUCAUCAAUAUUCUUGUAGAGUGUGAUGAAAACAUCUUUCAAAAACUACAUCAUUUAAUUAAAAGAGUGUAUAUCAAA